AUGAGUGUUCUAGAAAUUCAUCACGAAUUUUUCGACACUGACACACGAAACACUGAACAUUUAUAUCAAGCUUUUUGUAAUCACGUCUACUUGGCUCAAUGGGAGCUGGCGCGAGUAUGUUUACAAGCUUUAUUUCAUAAGCGAUUAGAACUGAAUCCAAAUCUCGAAGAAUUGCUGAUUGAUAUCAUUCGAAAUCCGACCACUUACUGCACGGGAUCGAAAUCAAUACCGACGCCAUUUCAUUUCGCACUACUCUUAGUCGAAGAAUGUCGACUGAAACAAUAUCUGGAUGCUACAAUUCUCGAUUCAUUGAAAUCCUAUGCGAAUUUUAAAUUUCUCUUGGCCGUCGGCGAUAUUCAGCCAAGCGCUCAAGUUGCUCAAGAAUUCGACCGUCUCCAUACUGACACUGAUACUCUUCCGUUGAGUCUAGUCACUGACUCCAUGGCUGAUUUUCUAGUUGAUCUAUGGUUACAUGAAAUACCCCGUGUGUAUACUCUCGUUCGUUCAUAUCUUUAUGCAUCUAUUCCUUCGAUACACAUCUGGCUGAUUCAUAUUCAUAAACGUGCUCUGGACUUAUGCUUGCAGCAAAUCAAAAGUGUGAAUAAUGAACAGCAGAAAACGACCCUCACCGAUUUACUUCUAUCGCUACAUUUCUACGCUUGUGAUAGCAAUGAAUUUCGUAGAACCAUGCGUGAUACGCUGAAAAAAAUCGUUAUUUAUGCAACCGAGGGCAAUGAUAAUCACGGUCAAUUGUUUAAUUUGAAAACGCUCUAUCGUUCGGUUUUGAAUAACGAGCAUUUAGCACGAUUUAUCAGUGAAUUAGAAAGUAUCUACCGACGUGAAUUACUGAAUAAUGAAACGGUGAUUAUGCAUUUUUUAAAGAAGCAUUCUUUUGACAAGGAGGAUUUCUUUUGGAAAGAACUUUACUUGUAUCUCAUCGAAAAUAAAUUAGAUUUAACAACGUGCGUUCUCAAUGAUGGAAUAACAAUGAUCCAGAAUCGUGAUUAUUCAUCAUUAGAUCAACUGUUAAACAUUAAACAAUUGUCAUCCUUGCAUUUGUAUGUUUUUCUUCUUGCAUGGACACAUGUUCGCACAAUCAAUGAUGCAUUAGUUUUACACGGCUCAAUCGAUUUGAUCAAAGGUAGAAAUCCAACCUUGAACAAAUGUCUGCAAUUAUUCCUAUCGCAUAUUGAAUUUGUCGCCUGGUUAUAUAACGUUCGAAAAAUUGAUCCGUAUCAUGAUGGUAUAUCACCUUUGCCAAACAUGUCAGAUCUGUUAGCGUUGUUACAAACGAGUUCACCAUUGUCGUUGAUACAUCGGUUUUUGGAUAUACAAACGAUCGAGUCAGCGACAAUUCUGGAGAAAAUCGGGAAAACAUGGGUCAAUCUUGAUGAUGAUAAUGAAAAAACGGAAAAACGCGUUCACUUUGAGGAUGAUCCAAUACAUCUAUUAGAAGGUGUUGGUUCACCACAGAUAACUGCCUCAAUGAUAUUUCUCGGUUAUCUGGCAAUCAACAGCGUGGCACAACGUAUCCUAUCAACUGAUAAUCAAACUGAUACAUCAGACUUGUUUUCCACAACAAAAUCGUAUCUGAGUAAAAUCUAUCCGUUACGCUUCCGUCUAGAAAUACUGGAAAACGUGUUCUCGUUGGUCUUUAUUCAACAAAGUGAACUGAAAAUCGACGAAAGCAUUGAAAUCAUUGAGCAGUCGACCAAUACACAUACGUCGUCAUUAACAACCUCGGAUAGAUUUCUAUCAUCAUUACAAAGUAACUUGACGAAUGACAGUUUUCAUACGUCAACAAAUGCUAGCAUCAAAACACAAUUAUCAACAAGGAAAUUCGAUAAUGAACUAGACGAGAAUACAGAUGAUAAUGUUUCUGCUUGCAGUAGUUCGAUGAGUUCUGUUGGUGCAUCGCAUCACCAUCAUUCUAUGUAUCGAACCGGCUUAUUAAUCAAUCAAGAAGUACUCCAUCAGCUAUUAACAUUCAUAUGCGAUCAACUGGAUGAAGCUCGGACACUUUAUCAAAAAAUCAAAGAUAAAGCUAUUGAUCGUGGAACUGUCGAUGUAGAAAAAGCUUUAGAUAAAUGGUUUCUUAACUGUUCUAUCACUACCAGCGAGCAAUUUGCCAAUCGAGCCUCGAAAUUGAGUAAUAUUGUUCGAGAAGCUGUGUGGAGGUAUCAACUAUUAACAACGGAUACGAAGCAAUCGGCAACGGAAGAAACUAAAAUUGAUGGACAAGAAAAAGAACUCGAUUUAGUGUAUAAUCCAACCAUAAAAAAACAGAUCCUUCCUAUACCUGUCCAUAAACAUUCGCGUCGGCGAAAACGUCGUUCGCGACUCUCGGAAUCGAGUGUAUCAAGUGCAUCAUCUUAUUAUGGAAAUAGUUUAACGAAAGCAGGGUCAACGUUGGUUUCCCAAAUAUUAUCAACACGCGACAACCUACUGGCUAUUUGUCUACGAGAAGGCAAAAUCACCGAAGCAAAUGAAGUUAUUCGAUUAUUCAAUAUGCAGGAUCAUCCACUAGCUGUCGAAGCGAAAUAUAGUAAAUUAUUUCAUGAUACUGUUAUUCAAUUAGCAAAAAAUUCUCCAUCUUCGAAUCCACCGGUAGAAUCCUCGACAGCCAAUCUAUCCCUAGCAGGCUUAGCCGCAUUCGCAUCUAAUGCUCUCGGUCAUUCCUCGGUUCAAAAUGAUAUUCAGCCCUUAUUGGAAGCUGCUCAAUCGACCGCUGUUUCAUCCACAUUACCAACAUCGAAUUACUUCGAUCAUGAACAUUUUCUUUCGUUAACUCUCUUCGAUCUUGCAAUCAAUGCACCAACGAUGUCGAUCAGCAAAACAUUGCUCGACAUGGCACAACAUCAUUUACCCAUUCCUCGGCAACUUUUCUCAUCAAAUUCUUCGGCGUAUAACAAUCAAACGAAUAAAAAUUCUUCGCCAAGAAUCAAAAACUUGAACGAUAUGAUUAACAACUAUACACAACUGGCCAAUUCCUCGAAUAGGUCAUUCCAUGAUUUGUUACUUGAUGUAACUAUACCACUAGAUGGAAAUAAAGCAACCAAAACGAUUCAGUAUUAUAAAAGACUUGACGAACAUUGCCGACAGUAUUACAUCAAUGAAGAAAACGCUUUGCCAAUCGAAGAACAAGUGAAAAUCACAGGUGAAUUCUUCGAAAAUGAUCCACAAGCGAAAGUGGAUUUAAUUGCCUUCGUUAGAAAUAAAUCCAAUCCGCCCAAACUAUCUUCAUCAUCUUAUGUUAACUAUUUUGCCAUUUUUCAUACCUAUUUACAAAACUUCCGCAUACUCUUAGAAAAAUUUCCCAUUCAAGACAUAUCUGGUGAUGUUGAUCUAUCCAAACAUUCGCCACUGUCAUUAAUCCAUCGGAUCGUAGCACGAUCAACGGAUAUUGAUCUCACACAAUUACAGUUGAUGACAUCGAAAUUAAACAUCGAUAUAUCACUCGCCGUUAGCUUGAAUAUCAUCCGUCCUUUAUUCACCGAUAAAACCAUUACGACCUCAACGCUAUCCUCGAAUCGACGUACGACGCUGCUAAAUCAGCAAUCAAUUGACAUAUUCACUUAUCGGCAACGGUCGAUCCAACAGCAACAAUCGCAAACAAUAUCGAAUGAAGUCUCGGUGGAGAGUGCUAAAAAACAAAUAAGGAAGUCAUCGACGUUUCUCAAGCGUCUAACGAGUAAAUUAGAUGAGUUUCAGAAUGAACCUCGAUCAUUUAAUGAAAAUCCCGAGAAAUUUAUACGAACGUUACUUAUUAAAUUAUUAGAUUCUAUUCGAAAAAUCAUACAAGAAUCCAAUCAUACUCAUAUGAACAUUGAACACGUCGACAAAUUACUGGCGAUUGAAGAUUAUGAUGAUAUUCUCAAUGCAUUACCUUUACUAAGUUAUCUCGAUCUCGGUACUCUAAUGAGCAAUGAAGAACGUAUAUGUUUCUUCGCAAAUUUGUACAAUUUUCUAAUCAUCGUUUCACAUAUUGAACUGAUUCGAACGACUCUCACACAAAUAUCAAUGAAAAAAACCACGAGCGUCUUUCGUAAUGAUUUAGAACGUCUCCUAUUUCUCUUAAAUACACGUAUUGAUAUUGGCCAACUCAAGCAGAUCUCCUUGUAUGACAUUCGACAUCACAUCUUGAAACAAAAUAUUCUAAAUGAUGGUCUAAAGUUUGAGAUCGAUCCCAAUGGACCAUACCAUCAUUAUGCUCCGGUCAUUUCCAAUGAUCAACAUAUUAAAAUUGGUUUGAUACUGAAUGAUUGCAUAUUUUCAUCAGCACCGUUUCUGAUUCUAACACCCGAAUUGCUCAACGAACAAUUACAACGGUCUAUACGAGAUUUCAUUGACAAAUGUGUAACAAUAAAAACGAGUGAAACGGAUCAAGCACUCGUGAUUGUUCUACCACACGUUCUUCAGAGUCAAUUCGAUCAGACAAAAGAUGAUAUGAUCAAAUUCAUUGAUGAGUAUUCAUCGAACAACGAAAUACUAUGUGCGAUGAAUGAAAAGCGCACGAUAACAACUGAAGUCAUUUUAAAUCGAACAGAUUUCGCUGUAAAUUUCGAAUACCAUUCCUAUUCACAUGAUUAUGACAGACAAAAACGUCGUCGUCGUACGAGUUCACUACCAUCUUCAACGUCGAUAACAACCAUAUCAUCUUCAUUAGAUUUUCUUCCUUCAACUACAACACUACCCAAUCAUCUUAUCGAUUCUCGCACGAUAUCCUUCGUACAAGAGAAGUCACCUGCACUAGGCCAGAUUCUUCAAAUAUAUGUUCAAUCGGUUGUCCACAAUCAAGCCAUUGAAAACGAUAAGACACCUUUGAAAAGUUACUUCACAAGUCUUCUAUUAUCUCCAACACUAAUUCAGUCGACUUCAUCGAUUGGUGAUGAAUGGUUUCGUUCCAUUGUCUUAAACGAUUUAACAUAUCAACACGAUCUUCUUCUCUACCUUUGUUCCUUAUUAUGGAACGACGCGCGCUAUUUGGAAAUUGUCGAACUAUUCGAUUCAUUAUUACCAUCAUUCAUCGUCCAUUCCUCAUAUUGUCAAAUCUUACGUGAUCUAGCUUUAUUGACAUUGACCAAACAAACACCUGAGCCCGAUCGCGCUUAUCACUAUCUACGCAAAAUUCACGACUGUCAUCUAUUAGUUCACGCAACUAUAACCUAUCUACCGCGAUUUGAUGGCCCAACAUGUCUGAACGUGCUUCAAUUAUGUUUAACAUCGUGUAAAAAAUCCCAUCCGGACUAUAUCAGUUGGAUACAAGGACGAUUGAAUAAUAUGUACGUUUAUAAGACACUUUGUCUUGGUGCAUUGGCACAAUUCAACAAAUAUAUGGAAAAGAUUUCUAAAGACGAUAAUCAAUUGAAUAUUUCGAUCGAUGACAUGACGAUCAAGGUCACUACGUCGAAAUGUCUGACAUGGCAACGAGCAGAAGAGCAUUCGAAACGCGAUCCAUUAGCCGUUGUGAAUAUGUUCAUCUACGAAAAACAAUUCGAUAUGGGACACAAAUGGCUAAUGUUGUUAAACAACCACGUUGAUGAAAGCUUGAUUGACAGUGUUCGAUUAAAAUUAGUUGAAGAACAUAUUCAGUGGUUAUUAAGAGAGGAGAACAUUGGCAGUGGCAAUCGAAUUCUACAAAUUAUUGACACGAUUACAAAGACCGAUGAUAAAUGGCAUUUAUGUACAGAGUUAAUCACGGAUUUGUCCAAACAAAAACUAGUCACAUAUACGAAAUCGAUUCCAUUUUCGAGAUUAUUCAUCAAAUUUCGUGUGAUACAAUAUAUGCUAGCACACUUUGAUGAGAAGUCGAAUUAUUUCCAAGGACAAUAUGAUCGGUCGAAAUUAUGCAUUCUGGCUGUUGGUUUAGCUAUCUUUUUCAAUUGUAUUCCAUUGGAACAAACCGAUUCCUAUGUACAAUUGGUUGGACAGCCAUUGCUUAUAUUGGAGCAGUUAUUGAUGAAUAGUUCGACGGAUAUAGCGAAGAUAACGAUUGAUACAUUCAAAGUUUUGAUUGAAAAGUAUGCAAUGAAGGAGAAAAUUAACGUUAAGCAAAUCGAUCAAUUGAUUGAAGUCUAUACGAAGAAGAGCGUCCGGCUAAAUGUUGUACAACAGAAGGAAGAAACAACAGUACCUGAGAAUAAAUCGGUUCCUCUGCCAUCAACAAAUCUACAGCAUGACCGCCGUCGUACAUCUCUAGUACCUUCUCUCAAUGCCAAUCGUCGCAAGAGCUCUCAAGAUCUAUCACCAUUAGGCCGUCGUAAUCAAAGUAGUGGUGCAAGCAAUUUCUUCAGCACCAUACGCCAUCGCAUGUCACCGAAAACAUCGAUAUCUUCUCCAAUUGCACCCGAUAGUGACGCACAUUUAUCCUCGCCAUCUACAAUUGCGUCGUCACCAAACACGAAUAGUCCGCCAACAUCAAGUUCAAUUCCAAUCAAACAACCACCAACAUCUACAUCAUCCGUUUUUGAUUAUCUAUCAUCAUCAUUCACCAAUAAGAGUUCUAUCAGUGAAAAUACAGUAAAACCAUCUCAAACAACUGAUUACACCGUACCAUUGGCUGUUCCGACACGAAAAUUAUGGAUAUCUGAUGACGACGUAUCUGUCUGUAUGUGUUGUAACGAAGCACGAUUUUCCAUGUUCAAUCGUCGACAUCACUGCCGACGUUGUGGUCGCGUCGUAUGCAAACCAUGUUCUCAACACACAACGGUAAUUAACGAACGUCCUGAACGGACAUGCAAAGAUUGUUAUCAAUACAUGCAAAAUAAUCCGCAGCCAUUAACUAAUGCACGACCCGAAACGAACAACCCGGCGAAGAAGAUCGAUAAUCUUCGCUCUUUAUCGCGACCGAUCAGUUCGUUCAAGAGACAAUCGAUUACUCAACUCUAUCUAUCAAAUCAGCAUGGCUAUGAAGGUAAAUCCAGUCAACUUCUAUUGGGUACAUCAUUAGCUAAUGACACUCCAAGUAUUCUCGAAGAAAAUUGUUUGAUGCUCAGUGCGAGUUUUUCAACCGCUAGUCCAUUAUUAAAAAAUAGUAAACUCACCGGUCCAUCUGGGCUUGAUUCUCCGCAAAAACAAGAUCAAGCUGCAGAUAUGCCAGCCAUUCCUAUCAUUAGUGAUCAAGUUCAAUAUCAGCUCACCGGUACAGCGAGUGACGAAAGUUUACGUCAUGAUUUUCACUACGAUCAAUCUCCAAGUAUAUCUUUAUGUUUAUCAUUAAUCGAAUUGCAUUCCAAUCAAUAUGAAUGCGGCAAAUUAUUACUGAAACUUUGCGAAUAUUUAUCUGAACAGUUAUCAAGUAAACAACGCAACAGCGAAAUUGAUUAUGGCCUAGUUUUGAAUAUCAUCAAAAAUCUUCUAUUCACAGCAAAAAUGAAACUAAUGACUGCACAUGUUGAUGAUGAACAAAUAGGUGAACAGCAAAAAUUAUUGGCGUCGUGUGACAUGUAUAAUAACUCAGUCGAUAUUUUGAAUCGAUUGAAUAUGGCAAACUGUUCAUUACCAGCUUUGAAUGAUCUUUUGCAACAGGAUACAUUGCGGAAAAUUCGUAAUCAGUUAUUGGACGACGAACGAUAUCAAUUAGCGAUGGAUAUAUCUACACGAUGUAACUUAGACACGCAAACGAUCUGGUUUCGUUGGGGAAUGGCUUACCUUCACAUUGGCCAAUUCGGUGAAGCUCGUGAUAAAUUCGAAAAAUGUCUCCAAAAGACCAACGAAACAAGUGAUCUGAUAACUAAACAACAACAACGUGGUGUCGUUAGUCAAGAGAAACUAGUUAACGAUAUCGUUUCUUACUUGGAAUCAUUCCGUCCGUUGAGAUAUUCCAUGAAAUGUCAAUAUCUUGCCGAACAACAAAUUCGACAAACCGGCCAAGCACGUACUAGCUUGAAAUACCUCAAUAGUCUUUCAACAAUACCUCGACUACCUGAUAAACCAACAACAGCGAUCGACAGCGAAAUUUUAUUCUAUCUGACAACUUAUAGCGACGACGCCCAUAUUUUGAAUUACUACAUUCGUCACGAAGAUUACAGACGCGCAUUUGAAUAUAAAUGUUCCUUGAUAUCAUUUCGUGAUCACAUUUAUCUUCCAUUAUUGAAACGUAAUCAUCUGACACAUCUAUUCAACUACAUAUCUUCGCAUAAUAACACAUCGUUAGCGCAUCAUUUGAAAUUUGUAUGUACGUAUUUGAAAGAACAGAACAUGUAUCACUCGUUACAACAAUUACAAAUCUUCUUGAACGAUUUUAACAAUGCCGGAUUUACAGCAAUCAAGAUCUUUACUGCGAAUCGAACGAACUAUGUGGAUCUAUAUGAGAAACGGGUGAAAUAUCUACAACAAGGUUUAGAAUGUUUCCAACAAGCAAAGGGAGAUACUGAACAAACAACAAACAAAAUCCAAAGUGCACGAAGUAAAAUCGAACUUCAACUUGAUUUAACUCGACAUAUCUAUACACAACUGAAACGUUUGAAUACGAAUGGCGCAGCGGUGCUACCGAACUGUCCGACAGUGUUCGAUGGAAAAGACGCGAUAAUAAAGCUUAUUCUCGGCCUGUUAAUGGUAUCAGACACAAUGUCAGUUACAUUUAGUUUAAUUAAUAAAAUAAUCAACGAAAUGAACGUUUCAAUCAAUGAAGUAUUCCUUCCGUGUGCCGAAGAAAUAGGUAAACGUCGAGAUUAUCGUAUUCUCCAGCAGUUACUGCAAGCAAUGCGAGAGAAUGGGUACAAUGACAUGAAACUUCACGAUGAGAUUAUCGAAGUGUGCAUCAGAGAAAGCGGUUCUGAUGUUCAACAAAGCAAAGAACAAGACAUUCUCAUUCAAAUGAUUAAAAACGAUGACACUCGAAUCAACGUUUAUAUUGCUGUUGGUAAAUUACGUGCUGCUUACUUAAUCGCCAUUCGUCUUGGCAGAGAAGAUAAGGUUCGUUUGAUUCGCGACGAUGCAUUGAAGAGCGGACAAACAGCUGUCUACGACAUAUGCAAGAAAUGGUUGGAAAACCGUACCAGUGAACAAUGA